GUUACUUUUGACCAGGAAAGGAGCACCGGCCAGCAGGGUCUUCUGUUAGUGGGCACCACCUUCGCACAGCCACCUCUCACCAGAGGAGUCUGGUCUCCGCAGUCCCUAACUGCCUCUCCCCUCGUCGUCUCUCGAGCUGAUCUUAUUUUUUUUUUUUUUGUCACUAUAAGCUGAGGGGGACUUAGGAAGUCCUGACAGAGGCGGAACGAUGACAGCUGUCGAAACCCAAAUGACCCAAAUGACAUAUAACACCUCCUAUACGAUCCAACAUGAAGAUGCGUACAUGACCCAGGAGGAGGACUGGGACAGGGACCUGCUGCUGGACCCUGCCUGGGAGAAGCAGCAGAGGAAGACCUUCACAGCUUGGUGCAACUCCCACUUGAGGAAAGCUGGAACACAGAUCGAGAACAUUGAGGAGGAUUUCAGAAAUGGCCUCAAACUCAUGCUGCUGCUGGAGGUCAUUUCAGGCGAGAGGCUGCCCAAACCCGACAAAGGAAAGAUGCGUUUCCACAAGAUUGCCAACGUGAACAAAGCUCUGGACUUCAUCUGCAGCAAGGGGGUCAAACUGGUGUCUAUUGGUGCAGAGGAAAUUGUCGACGGUAAUGUGAAGAUGACCCUUGGUAUGAUCUGGACCAUCAUCCUGCGCUUCGCCAUCCAGGACAUAUCUGUGGAAGAGACCUCCGCUAAAGAAGGUCUGCUGCUCUGGUGCCAGAGGAAGACUGCCCCCUACAGGAAUGUCAAUGUGCAGAACUUCCACAUCAGCUGGAAAGAUGGCCUGGCGCUGUGUGCCCUCAUCCACAGACACAGACCUGACCUCAUUGACUACUCCAAACUGAGAAAGGACGACCCCAUCAGUAACCUGAACACGGCCUUUGAAGUGGCCGAGAAGUUCCUGGACAUCCCCAAGAUGCUCGACGCUGAAGAUAUCGUGAACACACCCAAACCUGACGAGAAGGCCAUCAUGACCUACGUGUCCUGCUUCUAUCACGCCUUCGCCGGAGCCGAGCAGGCUGAGACGGCUGCUAACCGCAUCUGCAAGGUGCUGGCUGUCAACCAGGAGAACGAGAAACUGAUGGAGGAGUACGAGAAGCUGGCCAGCGAGCUGCUGGAGUGGAUCCGCCGCACCAUCCCCUGGCUGGAGAACCGCGUGGCGGAGCAGACCAUGCGCGCCAUGCAGCAGAAACUGGAGGAUUUCCGCGACUACCGCCGGGUGCACAAGCCGCCGCGCGUGCAGGAGAAAUGUCAGCUGGAGAUCAACUUCAACACUCUGCAGACCAAGCUGAGGCUCAGCAACAGGCCCGCCUUCAUGCCCUCCGAGGGCAAGAUGGUGUCGGACAUCGCCAACGCCUGGAAAGGUCUGGAGCAGGUGGAAAAGGGCUACGAGGAGUGGCUGCUGACCGAGAUCCGCCGUCUGGAGAGACUGGACCACCUGGCCGAGAAGUUCAAGCAGAAGUGUGGCAUGCAUGAAGCUUGGACUGCAGGCAAGGAGGAGCUUCUGUCUCAGAAGGACUACGAGUCGGCUUCUCUGAUGGAGAUCAGAGCCUUGAUGAGGAAGCACGAGGCCUUUGAGAGCGACCUGGCCGCUCACCAGGACAGAGUGGAGCAGAUCGCCGCCAUCGCCCAGGAGCUGAAUGAGCUGGACUACCAUGAUGCUGCUACGGUGAACGCCCGCUGCCAGGGGAUCUGUGACCAGUGGGACAACCUGGGGACCCUGACCCAGAAGAGGAGGGACUCUCUGGAGCGCGUGGAGAAGCUGUGGGAGACCAUCGACCAGCUGUACCUGGAGUUUGCAAAGAGGGCCGCGCCCUUCAACAACUGGAUGGACGGAGCCAUGGAGGACCUGCAGGACAUGUUCAUCGUCCACAGCAUUGAGGAGAUCCAGAGUCUGAUCACUGCUCACGACCAGUUCAAAGCCACUCUGCCCGAGGCCGACAAGGAGCGCAUGGCCACCAUUAGCAUCCAUAACGAGAUCCUGAAGAUCGCCCAGACCUACGGCAUCAAGCUGUCCGGAAUCAACCCGUACACCAACCUGAGCCAGCCGGACAUCAACACCAAGUGGGAAACUGUGAAGCACCUUGUACCCCUCAGAGACCAAAUGCUGCAGGAGGAGGUGGCAAGACAGCAGGCCAACGAGAGGCUGAGGCGCCAGUUUGCUGCCCAGGCCAACAUCAUUGGACCCUGGAUUCAAACCAAGAUGGAGGAGAUCAGCCACGUCUCUGUGGACAUCGCCGGCUCCCUGGAGGAACAGAUGAACAGCCUGAAGCAGUACGAACAGAACAUCAUCAACUACAAGUCCAACAUCGACAAGCUGGAGGGAGACCACCAGCUCAGCCAGGAGUCGCUCAUCUUCGACAACAAGCACACCAACUACACCAUGGAGCACGUCCGUGUGGGCUGGGAGCAGCUGCUCACCACCAUCGCCAGAACCAUCAACGAGGUGGAGAACCAGAUCCUGACCCGCGACGCCAAGGGCAUCAGCCAGGAGCAGCUCAACGAGUUCAGGGCCUCCUUCAACCACUUCGACAGGAAGAGAAACGGCAUGAUGGACCCAGACGACUUCCGUGCUUGCCUCAUCUCCAUGGGUUACGAUCUGGGUGAGGUUGAAUUUGCCCGCAUCAUGACCCUGGUGGACCCGAACAACACUGGCGUGGUGACCUUCCAGGCCUUCAUCGACUUCAUGACCCGCGAGACAGCAGAGACCGACACUGCGGAACAGGUCAUGGCUUCCUUCAAGAUCCUGGCUUCAGACAAGAACUACAUCACAGUGGACGAGCUGCGCAGGGAGCUACCGCCCGAGCAGGCAGAGUACUGCAUCAGCCGCAUGACCAGAUACAUCGGAGCCGACGCUGCCCCCGGCGCCCUGGACUACAUCUCCUUCUCCAGCGCCCUCUACGGAGAGAGCGACUUAUAAACCCAGCCGCUCCCGCCUCGUGUUCUCCUCCUCCUCCCCCCGCCCCCGGCUUCUAUUUCUCCUGUUUGGAGAAAGCGAUUAUAAACCCUUCCACUGUCCCUCUAAAUGCUUUGUCCUCCUCAUUUUGUCCCCCGCUCUCAAAUCUGAACGUUUUCCCAAUGAUCCCCCUCCAUCCCAGGAACACUCCUGAGAGAGGAGGAGAGCAGGAGACUUUGCUCAAAUCUUAAACUGUGUUAGGUUUGAGUUUUAUGUAGAGAGAGCCAGGUAUAGCAGCAAACGUAUGAAAGCACCAUACGUAGAUUAUACCGGCCUUAACAGAGGAGUAAACGAGAGGGUUACUUUUUGAGCAAAGCCUCCCGCUCUCCUCCUCCCCAUCUUAUUAUUCUUUUUGUAGAAGGGUAAUUAAAGAAGAAAAUGUGAUUAAAAAAGCUGGUUGGUCCGUUGGCUUGGUUGGUUGGGCAUAUGUGCAGACGCAUGCUUCGUUUUAAAAGUUUAGAAAAACGCCGCCUUUUGAGUCGCCGACUCUUCCUUAAUCACACCGAAACCCAAACAAGCGCCUGCAGGAGUCUGUGUCAGCAGUCAGGGACUAAAACGUGUCAAUGUGAAGUAACGACUGUGAAACCUGAACGUUGGCAGAAAUUGACUUUAACCUGGAGAUCUUAAGUAACUCAGGAACUUAUGAAGGAUGAAUGAGAGCACCUAAGCAGAGGAAAAGAGCACAAAGACGGCCAUGGCUUGAUGGCAAUUUAGGAGGAAAAACAGAAAGACGACACAGGAAACUAAAGGAGCAGAACGACUGACACGGCUCCGCUCUUCCUGCUAGAGGAAGGCGGAGCGAUGUCAGCAGGGAGAGAGUCAGGAAAGUUGUGAACAGUAAGGAUGGAUGCUGCAUGUGGGACCACAGCAGGCCCGCCGCUGAGGAGGAGACUGAAGGAUUGGUCCCAUUUCCACAACAAAACAUCGGCCAUAACAAUACUAAUAAUCAGUGCAAGUCGACUCCUCUGUGCAUGUUCAAGGUGUUUUUAUCUCAUCUCCUCCCCUCAUUCUCAGUUAUUUCUGUCCAUCAUUACAGAUGCUUAAAAAAAAACACCACACAUUCAAACAGCUACAUUUAAAAACAAAGCUGGAAUAAAAAACUAUAAUUAUAUUAUUAAA